UUCAUUGAGAUGUCAGCCAUAGGUUCGGGUAGUUUUGGGACAGUAUUUAAAGUAAAGCAUAGAUUGGAUGAUAAGAUAUAUGCCGUUAAAAGAGUACAAUUUGGGGAUUUUAGUAAAGAAAAGAAACAAAAGAUUUUAAAAGAAGUAAAAAGUUUGGCAAAACUGGACUCAGAAUAUGUGGUAAAAUAUUAUCACUCAUGGCUUGAGUCCAAUCAUCUCUUCAUUCAAAUGGAGUUUUGUUCACAAAAUCUUAAAUCUGUUCUCAAAGACAAACCCAUUGUCUUUGAGAGACAACCGGAAGACCACAUGAAUAAUUUGUUUGAGUUUUUCAUUUCGUGUGAAAUAUUGAAAGAAAUCUUAGAAUGUGUUCAAUAUUUACACGAAUCCAAACCUCCUGUCAUUCAUCGGGAUCUCAAACCCGAAAACAUAUUAAUUGAUCCCAACAUUAGAUCCAAUCGUUGUGUAAAACUGUGUGACUUUGGUUUAGCCACUGAUCACAACAUCGACGAACACACUGCCAGCCGAUACGGCCAUACGGAAGGUGUAGGCACUCGAAGAUAUAUCGCACCCGAAGUAUAUGCGGGUAAAUAUAACCACAAAUCAGACAUUUAUAGCCUCUCUAUAAUUGGCGAACAGUUAUUCUCUAUUAAUCUUCAAUCUUCGCAAUCAUUUAAAGCCAAAGAAUCCGAAUUCAAGGAACACAUGCUAUGCCUAUACCAGACAUUACUGGCAAUGAUGUCAACACCUAAUUGGAGACAAAGGCCUGAGUGUCGGCAAAUGUUGGCCAAACAUAACGAGUGGUCUAUUGAUAAAACUCCCUUACCCGAGCUGCACUCCACAAAACUAUGUCAUGAGUGGAGGUCUUACCGGACCUCUCCGCUCACAACUGCUCACUUCAAUCUCAUUUGUUGCAAUUGU